AUGUCCAACGUCCUCCUCACCCGUCCCACCCCGACCGUUUGGCAGCUCACCCUCAACUCGGGUCCUGACAACCGUCUGCGUCCCGACUUGCUUGGCGAGCUGGCUGCCCAGCUCGACGUCAUCGAGGCCGAAUGGCGCAAGUCGGGCGGUGGCGAGGUCGACGAGGCCAAGCGCGGAAAGAACAACGGUGCCGGCGCAGUCGUGAUCACUAGCGCGUUCCCCAAGUUCUUCAGCAACGGUCUUGACCCUAGCGUGCUCAUGACCACGCCCAACUUUUUCGAGGACAUCUUCGACCCGGUCAUCUACCGCCUCAUGACGUUCCCCCUCGUCACUGUUGCUGCGGUCAACGGCCACGCCUUUGCGGGCGGCAUGGUCCUCGCGCUCGCGUGCGACUUCCGCGUCAUGAACGCCGACAAGGGCAUGAUGUGCAUGAACGAGCUCCUCAUCGGUCUCCCCCUCCCCAACUCGUUCGCGACUCUCCUGGAGAUGCGCCUCUCCAAGCCCGCCCUUCGCGACACAAUGCUCGCCAAGCGCUGGAAGCAGUCCGAGCUUCUCGCCAACGGCAUCAUCGACGAGGUGGCUCCCGAGGCACAGGUUGUCUCCCGCUCAAUCGAGCUCGCUCAGCAGGAGGGAGCCAAGGUCGGCAUGGGAGUUUGGGGCGCGAUCAAGGACGGUCUCUUCCACGCCAUCAUCGAUGCGAGCCGCUCGCACCGCGAGAUCGUGAGGCCGCAGACGGGUGCGGCAAGGUUCUUGGCCCGCAUGAAGCGCCAGCAGGCCAAGCUCUAG